AUGGCGGCCCCAAUGGCGCGCAAACGAACCCACGACUACCACACCCAACACCUCGUCCCCCUCAAGAUCGGCCCAGAAACCACCCUCAUCUGGCUCUACCCCAGCAUCCUGACCACGAACUCCAAAUUCUUCCUCAAAGCCCUCUCCGAACCCUGGCGUGCAACCCAAACCAACGCCCUCACCCUCCCGGGCGUCGACCUCACAAUCUUCAACCACUACAUCAACUGGUGCCACCUCGGCGACCUAGACCUCGUCCUAGAAAAACUCCCCGUCGACGCGAGCAACGAGGCGUGCACGCAGCGCUUCCACAUCCUCACGCACAUCUUCGUGCUCGCGGAUCAGCUGGACGACAAGGUCCUGCGGAACGCGUGCAUGGACAGCGUCCUCGGCCUCGCGGCGGAGACGGGGUGGCGGCCGGGUGAUACGACCAUCAUGCUGGCGUUCAGCGCCCUGCCGGAGACGAGUACGCUUUGCAGUUUGCCGGAGGCGUAUUUGGAGGUGCUGCUGUUUGGGUGGGCGAGGGCUUCGACGGAGAGGGAUGUGGCGAGGGAGAAUCCGGUGGAUGUGGGGAGGUGUGUUUAUCAUGAGCACGAUGAGCAUGUGGGGAAGGGGGAGAGUUGUUUGAAAGAUGAGGUUGCGAAGAGUGUGGGUGGUAAGACGACGGGGGUGAAGACGACGCCGAAGAGGAAGAGGCUUUAG